UUCCUGCAGAGAUCACAGAUUUGGGGGAUUGCCAGCCACAAUGACAGACCGAAGCCCCUUUGAGACGGACAUGCUCACUCUGACCCGCUAUGUGAUGGAAAAGGGGCGUCAGGCCAAAGGUACAGGAGAGCUGACCCAGCUACUCAACUCGAUGCUGACAGCCAUCAAAGCCAUCUCCUCUGCAGUGCGGAAGGCUGGCCUGGCCAAUCUGUAUGGAAUUGCAGGAAGUGUGAACGUGACAGGAGAUGAGGUGAAGAAAUUGGACGUAUUAUCCAAUUCCCUACUGAUCAAUAUGCUCCAGUCUUCCUACAGUACCUGUGUCCUUGUGUCAGAAGAGAACAAAGAGGCGAUUAUCACUGCCAAAGACAAGAGGGGCAAAUAUGUUGUUUGCUUUGACCCACUGGAUGGCUCUUCCAACAUUGACUGUCUGGCUUCCAUUGGCACCAUAUUUGCCGUCUACAGAAAGACCACUGAGGAUGAGCCUUCUGAAAAAGAUGCCCUGCAGCCUGGUCAUAACAUUGUGGCUGCUGGCUAUGCACUCUAUGGGAGUGCAACUCUGGUGGCCCUUUCCACUGGACAAGGAGUGGAUCUCUUCAUGCUAGAUCCAGCUCUCGGUGAAUUUGUGCUGGUGGAAAAAGAUGUUAAAAUAAAGAAGAGAGGAAAGAUUUAUAGCAUCAAUGAGGGAUAUGCCAAAUAUUUUGACUCUGCCACAACUGAAUAUGUGCAGAAAAAGAAAUUUCCUGAGGAUGGCAGUGCUCCCUACGGGGCCAGGUAUGUGGGCUCCAUGGUGGCUGAUGUACACCGCACUCUGGUCUAUGGAGGGAUCUUCAUGUACCCAGCCAACCAGAAGAGCCCAAAGGGCAAGCUCCGGCUCCUGUAUGAAUGCAAUCCUGUUGCCUACAUCAUUGAGCAGGCUGGAGGUGUGGCAACCACAGGUACUCAACCCGUGUUGGAUGUGAAGCCUGAGAGCAUUCACCAGCGAGCCCCCCUCAUCCUCGGAUCCCCGGAGGAUGUGCAGGAAUAUCUCGCCUGUGUGAAGAAGAACCAAGCAGGCAGUUAGUGAUGU